CCGGGCCUCGGGGCCCUUACGGAGAAUGGGGCUGCGCCGUCGAUGGCGAUGCGCCGGGACGAAGCUGCGAGUACACGUGGUGGAGGCCGAGGUUGGCACCUGCGCGGGCGGACGACGGGGCGGGGUAGAGCGACUGCUGCCUGCCUGAAUGCCUGCCUGCCUCUGCCUGCCUGAAUGCCUGCACACGACAGAGAGCGAGCGAGAGACGGGGCAGAGAGAGGGAGAGAGAGGAAGGCGGGGGCGAGGGGCGAGGGACGAGAGAGGAAAAGGAGGAGGAGGAGGAGAAGAGGGAGGAAGAAGAAGAAGACGGCGGAGGAAGAGAGAUCUCGAAUUGAUCGGCGAACUCGAGUCUCGACAGGACAGCAGGGGCGGACCGAUCGUUCACUUCUGGACAAUAGACAGCCUUUGAACGCCGCGCCAUGAGGGGCCCUCGUGCGUUCGCUCGAACGCUAUGCCGUGGAGCGCCUGCUUUAUGGCCGAGAGGACGAGAGGGGGCUCGGGGAGGAUCGGUGGUGGCAGGGGCCAAGAACGCCCAGGCGCAGCAACUGCAGCAGCAGACCGUUCUGCUUGGGAUAUGGCGCCGGGGUUGGAUGUGGGGUCGGGCACCCGCGAUGGAGGUCUCUUGAAUUCCUAUGAGGCGGAGCCCGAUCGCGUGGCCGUGAUUGGAAGCGGUAAUUGGGGGAGCGUGGCGGCUCGCCUUGCUGCGACCAAUGCUCGCCGUCUCCCUUACUUCCAAGAUGAAGUGCGAGUUUGGGUUUACGAGGAGAAACUCAGCAAUGGAGAAUUACUGAGCGACGUUAUAAACAAAACUCAGGAAAAUGUGAAGUAUUUACCCAAUGUAAAGCUGGGGCCCAAUGUUGUGGCAGAUCCUAAUCUGGAGACAGCUGUGAAGAAUGCUACCAUGCUGGUAUUUGUCAUGCCUCAUCAAUUUAUCGAGGGCAUUUGUCAGAAGUUGAAGGGAAAGAUUCGACCCGACGCAAAAGCCAUAUCUCUCAUCAAAGGCAUGGAAAUGGGCGACGAUGGCCCGCGCCUAAUCUCCAGGGAGAUCAGUGAGCAAUUAGGGAUAGACUGUUCUGUACUGAUGGGUGCCAACAUAGCAAAUGAGAUAGCUGUCGAACAAUUUAGCGAGGCAACUGUUGGCUACAGAGACGAUAAGGAAACUGCGGAUAAAUGGGUUCAAGUGUUUGGAACACCCUACUUUCAAGUCACUCAUGUCCAAGAUGUGGAAGGGGUCGAGCUGUGCGGGACCUUGAAGAACAUAGUCGCAAUUGCUGCUGGUUUGGUGGACGGUCUCGGCAUGGGGAACAACACCAAGGCUGCUAUCAUGCGCAUUGGGCUGAAGGAGAUGAUCCUGUUUUCCAAGCUCUUAUUUCCAUCCGUACAAGAUGCCACAUUCUUCGAAAGUUGUGGAAUCGCAGAUCUAAUCACCACUUGCCUUGGGGGCCGCAACAGAAAGGUUGCCGAUGCUUUUUCAAAACAUGGGGGAAAGCGAUCUUUUGACGAGCUGGAAGUAGAGUUGCUGAAUGGCCAAAAGCUACAGGGAGUAUUAACGGCGAAGGAAGUAUUUGGUCUCUUGAAGGCUAAAGAUUGGGAGGAGUCUUUUCCUCUAUUUUCAACUGUACACGCAAUAGCUACACGGCAUUUGCCCCCCUCAGCAAUUGUGGAGUACUCGGAACGUGCUCCUCGAAAAAUUGUGCUCGUCUGAUUGGUUACUGAUGGAAGUACCGUGUUCUUAGAACAAAUGGCAUGGCAGUAUCCUUAGGCAGAGCUUAGAGCUCAGUCAUUCGGUUCUGUUCAAUCUAUAUAAUUUUGGAGCGGCAACUUCAUUUCCUGUUUCCCGAAGAUCAGUUUCUCCUUCCAAAGAGGAGCGAUCUGUGCCACCAACUCAAAUGUCACCUUCGCAAUUAAUGGAGGAUGCAAGACAGAUAAAAAAUAGUGCUUCCAUCUGAGGUGAAUUAAAAUACGCGGAGCGUGGUGCCAGUGUUUAAAUAUACGGGCUUAUGUUGGCUUGUGGGUGAAAUUUGAAGUUGAAUCACUAUUUUGUAUAGGUUCACCUCUGAUGCUGGUAAGCCUUUCUUGAGUACUGAUUCGGUUUUCUCACCUGAUGGCCCAGGUUUACUUCACAUGAUGCAGAUAAGUCUGAUCGCACCUGUAUGAAGCUUGUAUGUUCGCUACAUUGUAAUUUCGUAUGCUUGGCUAAAUUUCGAUGUCGAUGAUUUCACUCACAUCAUGCAGAAAAUCAGAUGCUUUCAAUCUUGAUCUUGAUUAUUACAGCCGGUAGCUUCAAUCCGUCGGUGGGACUGAUUAAUGUAAACUACAGCAGCAGUAAUUCAAUAAAUUGAACAACUUCACACUUUAUAAAUCUCGGAGUUUAUGCGGCGAGCUAUCUCCUCGUAGUAUAUACUUAAUCCCCCCAAAGAUGAUAGUCACCUAGGUACCAUAUACUUUUGACGGUGUGUCCUUAUAAUGCCCUUAUUCGUCUGAGACUUACAAAAUCUUCGAAAAUUGUUCUAAAUUUAUAUGCCAUUGAAAUUUUUUCUGCUUCUUUAUGCUCGAGAAGAAAGUGGGCCGAUUUCUCUGAAAAACGGAUCUAAGCGUGUAAAAUCUUCUUCUUGUCCGUAUUAUGGCGGCAGUAAGCUAUCUUUUCAGUUUCUGAAAAGUUAUAACCAAACCUGAG